CUUUUGUGUGUGUUUGUAACAGGUUUUGAUCAAUGUCGGAUGACGAGAAUCACAAUCAAGAUGCAAGCGCAGUGACGCCCGAGCUGAUUGCAGCGACUGUGCUCGAGCAUCGCCGCGCCAAAGCGAGCCAGCCGACCAAGUACCGCUUCAUCAACGUGCUCGCAGGCGGACCAGGAGGAGCCGGCAUGGGAGGAGCCGGCACAGGAGGAGGUCAAGGCGGACGACUGCGACCAUCCAACAUGACUGGCUCCUCCGACGAGAUCGCCGGCCAUCAUGCAGGCCAGGGCUCAGGCUCAGGCUUUGGCAUAGGCUCAGGCACUGCAGAUGGAGCGGCAGACGAUGACGCGCUGCUGGACUAUGCAGAGAUUGACCAAAUGUCGUCGAGAAUGGCGGGAUACUGGCCGGGUGCCGCGAGCGCAUCGACAGCGACCGUUCCUGCUGCUGGUGCUGGGACGAGUGCAACUACGGAUGCGAGGUCAAUGACCCUGGCGAGGCGGCCGCGGCAGUCAACGCGCAACCACGGCGGUGCGCUCGAGCCAGACUUGCAACUGCCGAUCGAAUCGGAGCGCAGUCUCGAGCCUGGACGAGUGCAUCGCACAGCGCCAAGUGCAUCAGGCUUGGAUGGUGGCUUGGGUGGAGCUAGUAGUGCUCGGGGUGUAGCGGACGAGCCAGUCAAUAGGUCUGCGGAACUUGGGCUGGAACCCGGCAAGCCAAUUCCAACGCUCUUUGCCAUUCACUAUCCAGGCAAUGUCAAAAAUGUCGAUCGGGCAGUAACUACCCUUGGAGGACACGCGGCUGUCAAUAAGGCGGCGCAGUUAAACGGCGAACUGCAGUUGAAUUUCCGUCCCGAGGCAACUUUUUCGGCCGCUGUUCGCAGCGAUAAAACACGACCCUGUGCCAGUCUUUUAGUGAGAUUGCAAGCACCAACUGGCGGCAUGAGCAAGGAUGUUACCAUCUCCGUCCGCGGAGUGAUUGCAACGAGCACGCAAUUCCGCGCUCUCGCUCCAGUUCAAAUCUUACCCGCGCCGCCCGUCCCAGCCCAGCGCUCACUUGAAGGGGCCUCCUUGGAUGAAGUGGGCGACGCCUGUAUCUUUUCCCGUACAGACAUGCAGCUCCCGCCAUUCUCGUUCACCCACAUCGAUCAGCCACGAACAUACAAAUUCAAGCCGCCAAUUUCCAAUUCCGCGGCCAGUAACUCCACAGCUCCCAUGGCUCAAAAGUCCUCUGUGCGCGUCAAUUUUUCACUUUCCGCGCCGCAACCCACAGGCCCUCCGCGUGGAUUGCCAACGACUCGUAACACUGCUCAGUCGGCCAGACUAGCAAAGGAAUUGCACAGACUCUUCCAAGAACGUCCAAUUUGGUCACGACUGUCUCUGAUCACUCGCUUGCGUCGAGAGGGUAUUUCCACCAGCUUAGUGAUGCCCUUGUUAAUGUCAACCGCCUUUCGUUAUUCGACUGGCCCUUGGCGUACUUUGUGGGUCAGGUUUGGAUAUGACCCACGGCGUGAUCCAAAUGCGCGCUCGUACCAAAUGAUCGAUCUUCGGUUUGCCGGCAAUGUGCCACUUGCACCAUCUCUCAAAAGUGAACGCACGGCAGCAAGCAUUGCCGCUAGCCAGUUUGCCGACGUCUUUAUUCCCAACACGUCCCCUUCGCAGCGCCAGUGCUGCAUGCAAGUGUGCGAUAUUCUGCUUCGAGAUGUGCAACAACUCUUGAAGACUCCUGUGCCUGCUCUGGAUGUGCGCUUUGGCUACUUCCGUCGCAAAGAUGUUGAAGCUAUCGUGACGAGCGUCAAAGCGCAAACUCCCAUGACUGUGGUGCUUGCGACACCAGAGCUCUUCAAAGCGGCGCUGCGAAAUGCCGGUGUUGACCCCGAGCGGUACAGUCCAUCCGCCAUCACGCUGUCCGAGCCGCUAGGUGACAGCAGCCCCUUUGCUCCCAUUCCAAUGGAUACGAGCGAGAGCGCAACCUCUGACGUCCCUUCCUUGUCAGUCGCUCCCCAUCUCAGCUCGUCCUACGGCGGCGCAUUCCUCGCCGAGCAAUUAGACGAUGUUGCCGAGUUUGACGUGUUUGAUCAAGAGAGCACGGACGACGAAGCGGAUAACACCACAGCACGUCAUCCACAUAACGAGUUCGACAACGACGCAGACGAUGGCGACGACGAUGAGUAUGACGACAAAGAGGAUGACGAUGCCUACGCAGAUCCUUUCGACCACGACGAUGAAUGAACGAAGGCAGACACCAGUCGGCAUCUCCUUCGGUUGUUGCUGGUGUUUGAUGGCUUGAGUUUUAUACAGUAUCUACAUCAAUCACUUUUGAC